CAGAAUAUUAUGAGUAGGUUGUAUUGAUAUGUCCAAAAUUGUUGAGACUGAUCUACUCAAGCUUGUCAAAUCUGAAGCUACAGCACGCAGAAUGAACAGUUGUGGCUGGAGACUGGUUGCUUUGCUGCUCCUCUACUUGCUCUACCUACUGCUAGGAGCAGCAGUUUUCUCAGCUAUUGAAGCUCCCAUAGAAACUGAGAUAUUAAAUGAGUUGAUGGAGAAAAAGGAAGAGUUUUUGGCCUCUCAUCCCUGCGUUCAAGAGGAUGAUUUGGAUGAUUUGUUGGAUAUUAUUGUUUACAGCAGCAAACGAGGAGUAUAUGCUCCCAUCAGGUUUAUGUACAUUUACAAUGGAUCCCCUCAAGAGACGGUCAGAGAAUAUUUCACACGAAACAGAGCAAUUGUGCAAUGUUUUGAUGGGAAUAAUAAUUAUUUUCAAAUGUGGAUUCUCAUAAAAUGGGAUUUGUGGAUUUGUGGCAGCCAAGACGGUGAACAAAUUUGCUGGAAUAAAACACUUUUAAGAAAGACAAACAAUGAUAUCUUCCUCAUCAUAACUUUACUGGGAUAUGGAGAACAAUCUCCUCUAUCUGGACGUGGCAAGGUGUUCUGUAUGUUCUACUGUAUCCUAGGAAUACCUUUAACCCUUCUCCUACUCUCAGCCUUAGUUCAGAGACUACUUGAGCCUGCAAACAAAGUGCUGAUGUGGUUGAACUCUAAGCUGGGUCACCUCUACCAACCACUGUAUAUUCGACUGCUACAUCUCAUCAUGGUGUUCCUGAUAAUAUUCCUUGUGUUCCUGGUAGUCCCUGCGUUCCUGUUGAAUGAGCUAGAAGAAGAUUGGACCUGGUUUGAUUCCUUCUACUACUGUUUUAUCUCCCUAACUACAGUUGGACUCGGGGAUUUUAUCCCUGGAGAUAAUUACGGACAACAGAAUAGACCUCUAUACAAGGCAGCCAUUACAGUAUACCUGCUACUGGGUCUGAUUGGUAUGAUGCUACUGAUGACAAUAUUCACCUCUAUCCCUGAACUAGAUUGCACUGUAUGGUUUCUUCCCUCACUAAACUACCAGGAUGACCCUGAGCGCCAACGUCUGCACACUGGAAGUACAGGAACCCUGUACAGUACACAAGAUGCACAGGAGACCCUACGAGUAGUCCGGGCCAGGUCACGAAGGGACGACGAAGCUGAAUGGGACGAUUCUAGAUCUACCUGCGGGGACGAAACUCCGGGACAUGGUCGUCCUUAGACCUGAGGACAUGGUCGUCCUUAGACCUGAGGACAUGGUCUUCAUUAGACCUUAGGACAUGGUCGUCCUUAGACCUGAGGAAAUGGUCGUUCUUUGACCUGAGGACAUUCGUCCUUAGAUCUAAGGACAUGGUCGCCCUUAGACCUUAGGAUAUGGUCGUCCUUUGACCUGAGAACAUGGUCGUUCUUAGACCUGAGGACAUGGUCGUCCGUAAACCUAAGGACAUGUUCGUCCUUAGACCUGAGGACAUGGUCGUCCGUAGACCUGAGGAGAUUCGUCCUUACAUCUAAGGACAUAGUCGCCCUUAGACCUUAGGAUAUGGUCGUCCUUUGACUUGAGAACAUGGUCGUCCUCAGACCUGAGGACAUGGUCGUCCUUAAACCUAAGGACAUGGUCGUCCUUAGACCUGAGGACAUGGUCGUCCUUAGACCUAAGGACAUAGUCGUCCUUAGACCUAAGGACAUGAUAAGGUGGGUUUUUGUAUGGUUUAUCAUAGAUCUGCCCCCCCAGAUCUGCCCCCCCCCCAUAUCUAAUAACGGAUCGAAAUAGUUAUGCUUCACAAUUUUUUUUUUUGUUAAUCUAUUAUAGAAAUUGAAUGAUGAUGAAAAAUUGAAAAUGCGUUUUUUCUACGACUAAAUAUUAGAAUUUUUCUAUUUCUGGCUAAUUUACAUCACAAUAUUUUUCUACUUUAAAUUCCCAAAUAUAAAGUUCAACUUUUAUGUCAGAAAAAAAAAUUUAGAUCAAUUUAUUUUUUAGACAAAUUUUAAGUUGCAGCUUCUA